UAUAAAUGGUAAUUAAUAAUAACUAAUCUAUACUAUUAUAUUCAACGGAGUUUUAUCCUCAAUUCGCAUAGAAGAUCGAAACAUGGAAGACUCAACGAUCCUAAACACCACAACGUAUCUAGAAGCGUUGGCGCAAGGAAACGGUUUAAGCGAGAUAGAGGUCUUAAUCUUACAAGGCUUAGAACUCAUCCAUGUCGGAAAAGGAAUCAUACGAUGUAAACUACUCGUCACGGAUCGCGUCGCGGGAGAUGAUGGAACUUGGCACGCCGGAGCUAUUACGGCGGUGAUGGAUGCGAUCGGUGCUGCUUCUGUCUACUCCACCGGCGACGGACUCCAUUCUUCUGUUGAUCUCAACGCUUCGUUUUAUUCAGCGGCCAAGAUUCAUGAAAAAGUAGAGGUAGAAGCAAGAGUGAAGGGGACCAAUGGAAGGUUAAAAUCAUCUAUGAUUGAGAUUAGAAGAGAGAGAGAUGGAGAACUCAUAGCCACAGGAAGGUUGUGGAUGGCUCCACUUGUACUCAAAGCCAAACACACUGGUUCUUCUAAUCUUAUGGAUGACUCACUAUCAGAAUUCACACACAACUUGCCAGAGAAGUCAGAAGGCCACCACAACCACAAGUUUCAUUUAUUGGACAGCAAUUUCAGGGUGGCACAUGCAACAUGUGGGAAAUUUUGACUCUUUACGGAAAGAGGCUUCUUCUACAAAAGCAUAAUCAUAGCUCUUAAAAUAGAAAGUUUACUGAACAUAUAUAUAUAUAUAUAUAACCUUAAUGUUGUAUACUUCAACAAAUAAACAGCUAUUAGUGAUUCAGGAAAUGAUACUAAAUAUAAAAUAUUCCCUGAAAUUUACCAGCUGUUACAAACAAAUUACCCUACCGAGAGUUUUAAUAAAUAAAGAAUUACUUUUAGAAAAACCUCGUACCAUUUAAUUCCAAGAACCUUAAUUAUAUGAUUGUUAGAUUUUAUUGAAUUGUCGACGCAAAGUAAAGUCCAAUUAUUGGUUUACAUCUUUCACCCAAAUCAAUCUAAACCGAAAAUCCCGGUUUGUGAUUUCCAAAUUUACUAUAAAAACAAUAACCUGAAAUCCCCUCAGUACUAUUGACAAGAAACACGUAAAAACAAACCUUUUACAAACCCGAAGGAGAAGAUGUAAAUUAAUGUAAAUCAAACCGGAAAACAGAUCGGAUUAAACCGGAAAAU